CGGAACUGGCCGCGGAAUGUAGGCUGGUUGGUUAUUUGUUGAUAAUCUCUGUUAUGAUCUAGCCAGCAUUCGUCUUCAUAACGAUUUUGGAAAGUCGACAUGGAAUGGUGAUAGAAGAUAAUCGACCUUCGGAAUACUAAAUCUAUUGACAUUCUGUGGUCAGGAUGAUGUCUGAAGAAAGCGAGCCCAUGAGGCACGUUGAUCUUGGCUCUCCUCUGGAACCACCAGCUUCAGAUCAGUGGUUCCCCAGCCCUCCUCCACCCAUCUACUCCUGUACUCUGACCCCAGAGCUGGUGGCCAAGGCCCUGGAGGAACUCCAGGAGAAGCCAGAGUGGAGGCUGAGAGACGUGCAGGCCCUGAGGGACAUGGUGCUGAAAGAGCAGCCUAACCUCAGGACCAGGCUGGACGAUGCGUUUCUCUUGCGCUUCCUACGAGCUAGAAAGUUUGACUAUGACCGGGCCAUGCAGCUGCUCCUCAACUACCAUAGCAGCCGGCGGGCCUGGCCCGAGGUCUUCCACGACCUGAAACCUUCCACAGUCAAACAUGUGUUGGACCUGGGUUUCCUCACUGUCCUUCCCCAUCCAGACCCCGAUGGACGCUACAUCCUCUGCCUCAGACCUGGUAAAUGGAAAGCAAACGACUAUCCAUUUGAGGACAAUAUUCGGGCAAUUUACCUGACCCUGGAGAAGCUGAUUCAGCCUGAAGACACUCAGGUGAACGGGAUAGUCAUCUUAGCAGACUACACUGGGGUGGGCUUGUCCCAGGCAUCCAAUCCAGGCCCAUUCCUGGCCAAGAAGGUUGUCAGCAUCCUUCAGGACAGCUUCCCAAUACGUAUCAAAGCUGUCAACAUCAUAAAUGAACCCCGGAUUUUCAAAGGGAUAUUUGCAUUAAUUAAGCCUUUUUUGAAAGAGAAGAUGGCUGAGCGGUACAUUCUUCAUGGAUCCGACAUGCGCUCUCUGCACAGUCACAUCCCACAGUCGGUUCUGCCUGCCGAGUACGGCGGGGUGGCAGGUCACCUUGACAUGACAGCCUGGUCAAAGAUAUUGCUGGACUCUGAGGAGGAGUUUGUCGUGGAGUUCUGCCAGCCAGAUCCCCUAGAGGGCGUAGUUCUCCCAGACUCCAUGAUGUUUGAAGGGGAGCAGACGGGCAGUGGUGGCCAGGAUGAUGACAGCUUCAGGGGGCUACGUUCUCAACUCUAUUACUGUUACUGACCACCACCUAUCUCUUUUAAUCACUGCUGGGACACCAGCCUGGUGAUAUGUUUGUGUAGUCUUGCCAAACACUUGGUAAAAAUGACAAAGCUAUCUGGGACCUGGGAGGAAUGAGUACACUUUUAUUUUUAGAAACAUGCAGUUAGGUUUUAUUGUUGUCAAAUAGGCCAACUUGUCAGUGCCCCAAAGACUUGUAUUGGCCUGUAUUCUAGAAGUGUCUCGAGAGUAUAGAGUGCUGAGAUGGCAGGAAGCCUAUUGGUGUCAGGACAGUAACCAAAAAGUAACUGGUUCAAAUCCCUUAGCCUACGAGGCGAAUAACUUGUUGUGCCCUUGAGUAAGGCACUUAACUCCAAUAGUUUUUUUGGAUAAAAUUAUUCAAAUGUUAAUGUUAGUGUAGAAUCAGUUUUACCAUUUGAGAUCGUAAGGAAUCUGAUCCUAGAUCACCAGAAAAUACUGUGAGGACACUCCACGGCCAAGCAUGAGGCAGCUUUAGGUUUUUAGCAAGGAGGCAUGUUCACUCAUUUAGUAGUUACAAGUGUGUGUCUCUCAAUUUUAAACCGCUGGGGUUUCCACUGUGUUUCCCAUUGAGGAUGACGUUGAAAUGUGCCCAUUUGAAAUACCACCUGAACACUCACACUUUCUCCUUCAUUUCUCAGAAAGUGCUGAGGGUCUUCAUCUGCAUGGCCAUCGAACAACGUGAAGUAGUUAUAACCGAGCCAUGCUUUGCCUUAAUCUUCUUUGCCACUGAUAGAUGUGCGAUGGGCUAUAAAUGGAGUCUGUGUACAUAGCGAUACAAGUAUGCCACUUUUAUCCUAAGCCACCCUCAGGGCAGUGUGUGGUUCGCAUACAAUGUUACCAUGUAUGCGGAAGCCUUCUGGAACGGUAACCCAUGAUGAAAUUAAGGCUGUUGCUAGCGCCACUUGCUUACCAGUUGGCCACUCAAAACCAGUAGUGUGUGAGUUACUGAGAGCUGUGUAGCCUAUUGUUGGGAAACCAAAGCAAUAUAGAUUAAGAUUAGUUUUGCUAGUUUUGAACAGUUAUCACCCAGUCAUUCAGAUUUGAUUUCAUCCACUAGCAUUGUAAGUAGCGGGUAGUUGUAAGGUGUUCAUAAAUAGUAGCCUAAUCUUAACAUAGCUUGACAUGAACGUUUUCAUGGCAUUGAAUAGUUAUGUACAUGAAACUGCCUUGCAUUAUUUUAACUGGGUUUUAAUGUAACAUUAUAUAUAGAUGCUCAAUGUCUUCUUUGCUUUAGAACAAUGGAAUAGAAUUGGGCAUGUAAAGUGUAGAGACUAAAAAAUAUGUUGAAUGGAAUUUCUCCAUUGAAAUUGUUUUACUGUCCAAAGCUAGAAAUGGUGAUCUGGAAAAUGGCCUGUAAUGUUUUGUUUUACCAGAUUUAACCUCCUACCUGGGGUGCAUAAACCAGCCAUAUGGGGAGUCCCACUAAUCAUCACUGUAUGUCUUUGUAAAACAAUAUUUAAUUGUUUGCCAAAUAUUUUAAUACUGGCAUUAGGCCACGAUGGGCCAUUUAGAGUUAUAUUCUAUGGAUAAACUCUUUCAAUGUGUAUAUAUACUCUGUAUAUGGUUAUGAAUGGCCAAAGUGUAUAUAUAUAUACUGUACACACAAAUACAUAUAUAUAUAAUUUUGUUAUUAAGUCACAUUGCACAAAGUUGUAGCCUAAUUAGUAACUUAUUUCUUUUUCUAAGGUCUGUACCCUGAACAUGUUUUCAAAAUAUUCAUGUUGAUCAAAAGAACGAAGUUGAAUAAAGAAAAUUGUCAAUUUCAGAUAGUAUGUGUUCCACAAAACCUUCACAUGACCAAUGCAGAAGAUGGAUUGCAUGGCGAGAACAAAAUAGCAAUCAUCAAGUUAACAUAACUGAUACAAUAAUCAGUGUAAUUAAAUCCCCUGAUUAUCAAUUAGCUACCCAUUUAGGCACCUUAGAAUUAAGGUAGGCUACUUACAUUUUUGUCGCGUCCUAAUUGUUAUCAUAUUUGAAGUUGUGAGGGACAAAGCCUGAGUUUACUGAAGCUUGGAUCAUAAGACGACGUCUGAUUGGCUGUCUGUAGGCUAACUCCAUUUUGGAAACAGCUGUUUCAAGACGUAACCUUCCCUGGUUGUUUCCCGAGGUUGCCAGCCAGACAAAUAUUCCCGCUUUCGGGGACAGCAUUACACAUCCGUGCGAAGUGAAUUAUUAAUAUUUAUACUAUACGUUGCAGACCAGCCCAGAAACUUAAUUCGUAAAGUGGAUAAGAAAGCCGAGCGGUUAAGGGAGAGCGUCCAUGGAUGGCUGUCUGCUUCACAAGCACACCCUGGAUCCGGUCAAACUGGAGUUCUGAGAUGAGAGUUGGUGUACACUUCUUAAAGGCUGAACAUUUUUGGGGGUUAUGUGGUGUCUGGUCAUGGACAGAUGAUGGACGUGGAGACAACACCUUCAUACUCUGAAUUCAUCAACUGUGACCGUACUGGCCGAAGGAACGCAGUACCCGACAUCCAGGGCCAAGGGGCAGCAGCCAGCACCAGUGAAUUAACCAAGGAUAUGGAAGGAAUGGACCUUAAGGCUGUCGGAGAGUCUGGCACCUCACCAACUCCUGAGGGUGAAGGUUUGACCGGCCAAGAGGCCCAGGGAGGUGAGGGCCCAUCAUAAACUACGAGAGAGGGAGAGAGGGACGAAGAAAGGAAUGGGGGAAAAAAGGAGACAGAGAGAGAGGAUCUCCUGGUUGUCCUGCCUGACUGGACCCUACUCCUCUCCUAGCCCAACAGUGAUGACAUCAGUGAUGACAUCACCUCUCACUGAUUAGCUCUGAUGGAGCUUUGCUGGUCCAGUUGCAUGAUGCUUUUCCUUUAUUAGCGCUGAGGCAUUGUGGAAAAUGUAGUUGACAGAACUUGACAGUGGGAUUACAUCUGAUGUUGGUCUAUACAGUAGAUGCUGCUGGACUAAGAUGGUAAAGGUAAUCGCAUCUAUGGGCUUAUUUACAUUACGCUCCAUUUUCUGAGACAUUGAUGAAGACUCGAGACGCUAGAUUCUUUUGUGUGAACUUUCAGAUAUCGAUAGCUCAAGACACCACCUUUCGAGGUAGCAUGCGCCACAUUCUCAAUUAAACUCCCCUGGAGUUUUGCCAGUAUGAAGACAAGUCUGUCGGCCACAAUCCUACAUUGUAUGUCUCAAACAUGCCGAUGUAAAUUCAAACGCAAUGGAAAUGAUUACACAAGACUAAAAUGAGUCUAUCUAGCGUUUCAUUCUCGCUCGUAAUGUAAACAAGCCCUGUGUUUCUCCAGAGGUUCUGAAGACUGUCCAUAGUGAAAUGCUUGUACCAAACCUAACAUGGAAUUCCCAUUAAGAGCUACAAAGUAUCUUCAAUCAUGUGUGUGGCAAUUUUUUUUUCUGUAAGUUUGUGUCCCAGUUUAAAUGUUUCUUUAUUUUACCUUUUUUCUUUUAUAAUAAUACAAACAGUUGCUAUUACAACGUACUGUAUUGGAGGUCCUAUUUAUUUCAAGUGGUUCUCUGAUAUACCUUUUGUAAUAGGAAUGCCUUUUCUGUAAUAAAAUGUGAAAUAUG